GAGAGAGGAGCCUGGGAGAGAGACCUGCUCCUCUGAGGCCCGGGCACCCCAGACUCGAGGCAGGGCAGGACUGUAAAGAAACGCUUACAGGGGCUUACGGAACCCUGAGGAUAAGGACCUAAGAGACCCUAAAGUGUUCUCCAGUGACCCUCACUCAGAGAGCCUGGCAGACCAUCUGUUGUGUGUGUAUGAGCCAGGGCUGAGGUCUUUCAAGGCCAGGAAGAGGAUCAAGGAGAAAUCCGUGGUCCUAGCUAAGGGCACCUUGCAAGACCCAAGAGGUGGGGAAAGGGGCUCUGUCCCUGGUGAGCUGUGUCCCUCCCUAGAGCAUAGGGAUGGGACCCAACAACCCUGAAGAUCCCUUCCAGUUGCCAGAGUUAUUAUUCCAGGUCUCACUGCGUCCCCAAGACAGGGGCAGCCAACUGGCCUGCCCCAGAGUGGACCCAGCAGCCUGGAAGGGUCGUGGCCAGACGCCACCUUCCCCGAGCACCUUCUGCUCUUCAGGACCCAGGGCCUGCGCCCGCUGUGCUCACCUCCGCACCCCCCACCCCGACCAGCCACGGUGUCACCCAAAGCAAAUUGACACUAUUUUUCCCUUGGUAACCGCAAAGGGGGAGAAUCACCCGUCUCCUAAUUUUAACCAGUACGUGAGGGACCAGGGCGCCGUGACCGAUCAGCUGAGCAGGCGGCAGAUCCGCGAGUACCAGCUCUACAGCCGGACCAGUGGCAAGCACGUGCAGGUCACCGGGCGUCGCAUCUCUGCCACUGCCGAGGACGGCAACAAGUUUGCCAAGCUCAUAGUGGAGACAGACACAUUCGGCAGCCGGGUGCGCAUCAAGGGGGCAGAGAGUGAGAAGUACAUCUGCAUGAACAAGAAGGGCAAGCUCAUCGGGAAGCCCAGUGGGAAGAGCAAGGACUGUGUGUUCACUGAGAUCGUGCUGGAGAACAACUACACGGCCUUCCAGAAUGCCCGGCACGAGGGCUGGUUCAUGGCCUUCACACGGCAGGGGCGGCCCCGCCAGGCCUCCCGCAGCCGCCAGAACCAGCGGGAAGCCCACUUCAUCAAGCGCCUCUACCAGGGCCAGCUGCCCUUCCCCAACCACGCUGAGAGGCAGAAGCAAUUCGAGUUUGUGGGCUCAGUCCCCACCGGCAGGACCAAGCGUACUCGGGGGCCCCAGCCCCUCACGUAGUGGCUGGCAGGGAGGCCGGGCCUCUGCUGCCUUCCCAUCCCUUCCCUUCCUGAUCCAAAGACUGGGCCCAGGCGGAGGGAGGGGAGCCAGACACCCCCCAAGGACCCUGAGGACAGAAGCACCAGAGCCCCAGCUGGUAAGGGACAGGACUGCCACACCCUGGGCUGGCACUACACACUGGAAUAGGCCCUUUCCUGCCGGCCCGGGCCAGCCUGGGGACAGGAGCCAGUGUUAACCUGAUCUCAAGCACCAGCCUCCCUCCCAGCCGGCUGGACUAAAGAGCCAGACGGUCAGCAGCUUCCAGGCCUCACAGACACCAUCUGCAGCUGGCUGUCCCCAAAUCCUGAUCCCCCAAUCUUCCUCAGUCUGUCCCCAGCCCCCAAACUACUUCCGGCCAGAUGCAUACUAGGAAGGGACUU